AUGACCAAGCUUGUAGCUUCGGACGCCAUGUCCCAGAGCCAGCGCUUGCGUCGGCAUGCUGGCAAGUACCACCGCCUUGCCCACAAGUCGACGGUGAUCAGCAAGUAUUCCGCCAAAGCCGAGGAGUUCGGAAAGGCGGACCUGCGCAAGCACGCCGCCCAUGUGGCGGCCUGGAUUGCCUAUGGCCCAAAGGGCAAGGUUCCAGGGGCCGACGAGCUCGAGCUCCUGACGAAGUUCAUGGGGAAACUGGGGGGCGGCCCCCUACCUUCUCGCUUGAGGGAGGUCCUGCCAAUCGCGCAGGAAGCGCUUCGGUCCAGUCCCCGGCCAUCAGAUGGGGUCGACGAGGGUUGGAAGCGGGCAGAACAAGAGCUCCGAAGGAGCCUCCAGAAGUUCCGCUGCUGCUGUCGUCCGAUGGAGGAAGCGUGCGCCGCAAGGGUGAGCAAGGAAGCCGCGCAAGAUAUAGUUGUGGAGUCGGACAUGUCGGACAAUGACCCGGCGGAUGUACUACACGACCACGCUUUCGAUGACACUGACGCCAGUGAUGCCGGUGAUGACAAUGCCAUUAUUCACGUACAGGCUGACACUGCGCCUCCUGCGCACGAUCAACGUUUGCAGCUCUUCAGCAAGAUGAACGAGUGGGGGUUCUUAGAUGAAGCCCAGCGGCUGGAGCGACUUGAGCAGGUGGAGGCCAUCGCAAAGCGUUCACGAAGGAGCCUCGACCAGGCAGAGCUUGCUGAGGCCAUCAACGUGGUUGUUGCAGCGCUCUCGCCCCCUCGCAGACAGCGGGGGCAACAAGAAGCUGAACCCGAAGGAGUCGAUUCUGAAGGCGCAGAGGUGCCUGACUGCCAGAAGGAUCGUCAGCUCGUCGGCAUGCAGCGACGACUGCGGUCGCUGUUGCUUGAAGCGUUGCGAACAUGGCGAUUGAGGCGGUUCGAUUGCCAGGCCAUUGAGCACGUGUUGGAGUAUGUCCAAGGCAAGAUCAGCAAGUUUGAGGACAAUGUCGGAGAGAUUCAAGGUGCGGCCGCUGGACAGGCUUGGGUUGGCAUCAAGCAGGCAGUCGGUGAGCUGCUGCUGAGGGCAGAGGAUGGUCCAUCCGCCCCUGAAGCGCAGAGUACCGACUCGGCCACACGCCGUGCCAAGAACGCAAAGAACGCAGGCGCUUUCAAGGGACGACUGGAGCGCCAGAGCGGCAUCCAAGGAAUCUCUUGGAGCAACAGAAAUUCAGGCUGGACAGUCUCCCGACAGGAAGCUGGCAAGCAGCGGCAAACUGCUUUUCCCAUUGCACAGCUCCUGAAGCAAGGCCUCACAGAGGAGGAGGCCGUCGAGGCUGCCUUGCAAAAGGCCAAGGCAUAUCGCGAGGAGCUGGUGUGCCAGGGCAAGAUGGAGCCAUCAAAGCCCAGCUCGAGCAAGGCUCCCCAGAGCCUACUGAGGGGAGUCUCAUACGACGAGAAGAACAGUUCCUGGAGGGUCCGGCCCAUGGAUCCAUCCCUGGGGGUGCGCUUAAAUGGUGGCUUUUUCAAGCACCAAGAUGAGGCCGAAGACAGGGCCCGGGAAAUGGCCAAGAAAAUGGGGCUUCCAGCUGAGAGGUGUGUCGUGCCUGUGCAGAAGCUCUCGGAGCUGCCUCGCUUCGCACCUUUGGGAUCACAGAAAGGAAUCAUCUGGAGGGUCAAUGAGCAAUGUUGGUAUGCUGAUGGGAGAUUCCAGGGAGUUCGGCGCACCAUGAGAUUCCGGCCCAAAGAUGGCUCGGAGGGCGAGGUGAAGAAGGCUUGGCUCGAGGCGGUGGAAUGGUACCGGAAACAUCGCGAUGAGAAAAGUCAGCCGUGA